AUGGGGAUUCCCAGUUGCAAGGAAUUUCUGGAAUCUACAAAAGAUGACUAUAUCUUUCAACAUAUUUCACUCGACAAAUUUUCAGUUCCUCACUGGUUUAAACCAAGUCAAAGAGAGUAUUCUUUCUUAACUCACUGCUUUAAAAAAGGAAAUCCCGAGUCACUAUUCAGACAAGAAAUGAUUGAGUAUUUUAAGGAAGUUAACGUCAAAUUUGGGCUAGAGCUUUUGAAAAUGGCAGUUGAGAUGGGACAUUUAGAGGCGACAUAUGUGUACGGAAUGAUUCUUCUUUUAGGCGGGGAUCAACUGAGUCAAGAAGGAUUAAAACUUUUGAAUUCCAUGAAAUAUUCAAGAGCAAGGCAUUGGAAUGUGCGGGACUGUAGAGAUAAAGUUGAUACGAUAUUAAGUCGAAUGUAG